CUUGUUUCGUGUGGACCAAGAGAAAAGUCUAUCUUCAACUCCAAUCUGCAUCCACUCUAUCUUCAAUUGCUCUCGGCAUCAUAUCUGAUUUUCUCGGAUCAGUAAAAUUUCAGGCAUCUGCCUUUUUAUGUUCUUCUAUAAUGGGCAAUUGUGUCUCCCUCUCAAUAUCUUCUGAUCAAUCGAUGAAAAAGAUAUGUCAAUGGCUAGACAUCCAAGUAGGUUAUGUUCACAACCUCGAGAAGAAUCUGUCGGCUUUAGAGAAAACCAUGGAAGAGCUCAGGGCUAAACUUGAUGAUUUAUCAAGAAGGGUAACAAGAGAGGAGGAUAGAGGUUUACAAAGGCUUUCUGAAUUCCAGGUAUGGCUUACUAGAGUUGAGACUUUUGAAAACGAAGCCAACAAUCUUCUUAUUGCUAGAAAUGUUCAACUUCAAAGGCUUUGUCUUCUUGGUUUUUGCUCUAAGAGUUUAAUAUUGAGUUAUCGUUAUGGCAAAAGUGUUUCCAUGACUUUAAGGGAAGUUGAAAAACUGAAUAGUAAAGUUUUCGAAGUGAUCGUUGAGCAAGCUCACACAUUUGAGGUGGAGGAAAGACAGCUUCAGUCAACAAUUGUUGGUCUGAAAGAAAUGUUGGAGAACGCAUGGAAUCAUCUCAUGGAAGAUCGAGUUGGUAUUAUGGGUUUUUACGGUAUGGGGGGAGUAGGGAAAACAACUCUUAUCACACAACUCAACAAUAAGUUCAGUGGCAUGACAUGUGGAUUUGAUUUUGUGAUUUGGGUUGUGGUGUCUAAAGAGUUACAAGUAGAGAAGAUUCAAAGUGAGAUCGCUCGGAAGGUUGGUCUUGAUGGAGAUGAAUGGAAACAAAAAGAGAAAAGCCAAAAAGCUGAUGUUAUAUACAAUUUCUUAAGGAAAAAGAGAUUCAUGUUGUUUUUAGAUGACAUAUGGGAGAAGGUGGAUUUAGUUGAGAUUGGAAUCCCGUUUCCAACAACACAAAACCGAUGCAAAGUGGCAUUCACUACCCGUUCCAAGGCUAUAUGUGCUCACAUGGGCGUUGAAGAACCAAUGGAAGUCAAAUGCUUGUCGGAAGAUGACGCAUAUGAUUUGUUCCAAAAGAAGGUUGGAGAAACAACAUUAAUAAGUGAUCCAGGGAUCCCCGAACUUGCAAGAAAAGUUGCUAAGAAAUGUUGUGGCCUACCGCUCGCACUUAAUGUUGUAGGCGAGGCCAUGUCAUGCAAGAGGACGCUACAAGAAUGGUGUUACACGAUAGAUGUCUUGACUUCAUAUGCCGUAGAGUUUUCUGGCAUGAAAGAUAAAAUUCUUCCACUUUUGAAGUAUAGCUAUGAUAAUCUUGAGGUGGAGCAGGUCAAAAUGUGUUUACUAUAUUGCGCUUUAUUUCCCGAAGAUGAUAGAAUUCCUAAAGAGAAAUUGAUAAGCUUAUGGAUAUGCGAAGGGAUAAUAGACGGAAGUGGAGGUAUAGAAAGAGCUGAGAACAAGGGUUAUGAUAUAAUUGGUAGUCUUGUUCGUGCAUCACUGUUAACGGAUGUCAAAUGGUAUGGAACAGAGAAUGUAUGUAUGCAUGAUGUAGUUCGUGAGAUGGCCUUAUGGAUUGCAUCUGAUUUAGGAGCACAAAAAGAGGCUUUCAUUGUGCGUGCAGGGUCUGGGUUAAGUGAAAUGCCAAAGGUUGAGAACUGUAAUGUUGUGAGAAGGAUGUCACUCAUAAAGAACAAGAUUCACCAUCUCUCUAGCAGUCAUGAAUAUCUCGAGCUCACAACUUUGCUUCUACAAAAAGCAAAUUUGACAAAUAUCUCGAGUGAAUUCUUCAAGUCCAUGCCAAGACUAGCUGUUUUGGAUCUAUCAUAUAAUGGAAAUCUGUUUGAACUGCCGGAUGGAAUAUCACAACUAGUUUCCUUGCAAUAUCUCAACUUGUCAUAUACAAGUAUACGUCAUUUGCCUAGGGGUGUGCAAGAGUUGAAAAAGCUAAUUCACUUGGAUUUGGAGGAGACAGAUAACCUUUCAAAUAUUGAUGGGAUAUUAUCAAGUCUGCACAACUUGAAGAUAUUGAAUUUAUCUCGUGCUGGUUUUUCAUUGGAUUGCAACAUACUGGAGGAGUUGCUAACCUUGGAACAUUUAGAAAUUUUAACCAUAGAGAUCGAUCUUCAACAAGGUUUGGAACAAUUUUUGAGCUCUCAUAAGUUGACACGUGCAACAAGAAAUCUAACGAUCAGGGGUAUGCAACUUGAAUCAUCUGGUAUCUCACUUCCAAUAUCUAUGGAGAAUCUACGUGAAUUCAACAUUGUAUGGUGCAGUAUCUCUGAGAUAAAGAUGGGAACGAUAUGCUUGGAGAGCAAAACGGUUUAUCCUCUAGAAAAUCCGAGGACCUCAUGCUUCUUGAGCCUCUCUAAAGUGAUUAUACUAGAUUGCAAAUGCGUGAAGGAGUUGACGUUACUGAUGUUCGCUCCAAAUCUUAGAGAUCUCUCUGUUAAAUCUGCAAAAAAAUUAGAAGAUGUAAUAAACAAAGAGAAAAGUCGUCACGGUGAAAAAUCAGGGAUUGUUCCUUUUCGAAGGCUGGAAUUUCUUUUGUUGGGUGAUCUACCGGAGCUGAAGAAUAUCUACUGGAAUUCUCUACCUUUUCCAUGUCUAAAGAGAAUGGAUAUAAUCAGAUGCCCGAAUCUGAAAAAGCUUCCACUGGAUUCCCAAAGUGGCAAGCAUGGUGGAAAUGGAGUAAUCAUAAGAUACACAGUUAAAGAAUGGAUUGAAACUGUGGAAUGGAUAGACGAAGCUACAAAAACCCGCUUCUUACGUUCAUGCCUACACGUAUCUGAAACGCCGAAUCAAGACAAUCAACCGCAUUCUUCGGUACCAACCUAGGCGGAAUGGAUCGAACUCAGAAGUUCACAUAUAUCUCCAAUGCCCGCUUGUAUUGAUUAAUUCAAUUGGCUCUUUGUUUAAUAUUUGUAAAAGCUCCAAAAGCUGUGCUCUUAGUAGAGCUAUAUAUUACAGUAACAUAUGCACCCUAAAGACAAGAACCAAAAUAUCAUCAUUUAACAA